AGUAACGCAGUAAUUAUCGUUGGUUAUCAAACGUCAUUGUUGUUUUCAGGCGUUUAUUCUUCUAAUAAUAAAGCAUAAUUCUAUUGAGCGUUAAUGGCAUACGAUUCUGACGAAACUCCUUUAAUACGUGUACAAUCUUGUGUUUGAUUCCGUGUCGUGUUUGAUGAGCUCGUGUUGUUAUUGUCAGUUGUUGAUCCUCUGAACACAUGAGUGUGUCUCUGGUUGUCAUCAGACUCGAGCUCGCUGAUCAGUCUGAUUCCCCGCAGGGUUUUCAAUACUGUGCCGUACCAGAGAUGUCGGAGGACGAGAUGAGAGAGAAAGCUCUGGUCUCCGCCAGAGUGACGCUGGACGGGAGAACAGACGUGGAGCGAUCAGCGAUCCUCCACCAGCAUCUGGGCAGCCGCGUCAUGAGCGACAUGGUGAUCGAGACCUUCCAGCCCAGCGCAGGUUCAGGAGCUGAGGAAGGGAAAGAAGAUCUGAAGUCCAGCGGAGACGUAAACGAACAUGCCAAAGAUGAAACGAGCGAGAGCACGACACCAGACUCUCCUUCUAAACAGCUGCCGGACCAGAUCUCCUUCUUCAGCGGGAACCCGUCGGUGGAGAUCGUCCACGGCAUCAUGCACCUCUAUAAGACUAAUAAGAUGACGUCACUCACAGAGGACGUGAGGCGCAGUGCGAUGCUGUGUGUUCUUACUGUCCCGACCACCAUGACCAGCCAUGACCUCAUGAGGUUUGUGGCUCCCUUCAAUGACGUCAUGGAGCACAUGAAGAUUAUCCGAGACUCCACGCCCAACCAGUACAUGGUGUUGGUCAAGUUCAGGAGUCAGGCCGAUGCCGACAGCUUCUACACAACAAGCAACGGCCGUCAGUUCAACUCCAUUGAGGAUGCGGUCUGCCAGUUAGUGUAUGUGGAGCGGGCAGAAGUCAUCAAAUCUGAAGAGGGUGCCAGUUUGCCCGUGAUGGACCUGACAGAGCUGCCCAAGUGUACGGUGUGUUUGGAGCGCAUGGACGAGUCCGUGAACGGUGUGUUGACCACCCUGUGUAACCACAGCUUUCACAGCCAGUGUCUGCAGAGAUGGGAGGAUGCCACGUGUCCGGUGUGCAGAUACUGUCAGACUCCUGAACCCGUGGAGGAGAACAAGUGUUUCGAGUGUGGAGUGCAAGAGAACCUGUGGAUCUGUCUCAUCUGCGGUCACAUCGGCUGCGGACGCUACAUUAGCCGUCACGCCUACAAGCACUUCGAGGAGACGCAGCACACUUACGCCAUGCAGCUGACCAAUCACAGGGUCUGGGACUACGCUGGAGAUAACUACGUCCACCGGCUUGUUGCCAGUAAAACAGACGGGAAGAUGGUGCAGUACGAGUGUGAAGGAGACACGUGUCAGGAUGAGAAGAUCGAUGCGCUGCAGCUCGAGUAUUCAUAUUUAUUAACCAGCCAGCUGGAUUCUCAGCGCAUUUACUGGGAGAAUAAAAUAGUUCAUCUGGAGAAAGACACAGCGGAGGAGAUCAACAACAUGAAGGCCAAAUUCAAGGAGACGAUCGACAAGUGUGACAGUUUGGAGCGGAAACUGAACGAACUCAUUAAAGAAAAACAAUCCAUCGAGAAAAAAUGUUCCCAGCUGAACCUCAAAGUGGUGAAGCUCGGUCAAGAGCUGCGUGAGGAGCAGGAGAUGAACCGAUGCCUGCGAGCCAAUCAGACGCAGCUCCAGUCGCAGCUGCAGGAGGAGGAGAGGCGGAGUCACGAGAUCGCGGCCAAUAAGGAAGGCCAGAUCGCUGAGCUCCAGGAACAGCUGCGGGACGUCAUGUUCUACCUGGAGACGCAGCAGCAGAUCGACCGCAUGCCCGCAGACACCCGGCAGGAGAUCCAGGAGGGCCAGAUCAACAUCGCCGCGGCCCCUGCCCCCCCGCAGCCCGGGCCCUCGGCACACGGCUCCGGCAAACUCGGCCGGAGAGGACGAUCCAAGAGGGGGAAGUAGCCGAAGACGCUGGGUUUAGUGUACUCGGUGCUUAACGGAUGGAGGAAACAUGUUGCACAGGCUGCUUUGGGAUUGAGGGAGUUUAAUAUAUUACAUAAUGUCUCACGCGAGGACACCCGUGCUGCUUAGAAAUGGAGCUCGAGCUGUUUUUUAUACGAAAAAACAAAGUGCUGUUCUUUUAUUUUCGUAUUAUUUUAGUGUCCUCGUAGCUGGAUGAUGUCAAGAUUCACGAAAGCGUGCGGAUAACUCUGGAAGUUUGUUCAUUGUUUGGUUUUACUUUAUGUUUGUAGAAAUGAGAGAAUAUUGCUUUCUGCAGCCCUGACUGAUGAAUCUCAUGUUUCACUUGGAGAGGAAAAAACAUUACAUUUUACAUCUCAAAACUCAUUUCUGUUAGUAUCUUUUAUUGCAUUAAACCAAAUAAACUAAAAAUCUGUAAUGCUACUUUAGUGGUGAAAUAAAUUCUAUAGUGAUAUACAAUAUUUUUUGCAUUACAGUAAUUCAGAUUAAAUGUGUUUACAGUGAGAAUUUAGGAGGUGAUGUUUAAUCAUCAUGAAUAAUACUCGGGCUGCAUUAGAGUAGUAGUUCACUUAAAAAAAAAAA